AUGGAUUCCAAGGAUAUCCACGUCAUUGUCAUUGGUGCAGGGAUAACGGGCCUCCUGACUUGCCAGGCGCUCAAAAAGGCCGGAAUCAAGUACAGCAUCUUCGAGAAAGAGCAGAGCCUCAACGUGCGCAGCAAUGAGUGGACCAUGGCGAUCCACUGGUCGCUGCCGCUGCUGAAGGAGAUUGUGCCCGCCGACGUCUUCGCCAAGAUGGAUGCCAUUGCCUGUAACCCCGUUCUCGGGAUCCACUCGGGUCUAUAUCCCAUCAUCAAGGGCGAGACGGGCGAGCUGAUCAUGGGUGUGCCAUACGAGAAUGGCCUGCGUGUGCCCCGCAGCAAGAUGCGCGCCGUUGCUGCGACGGGCAUCGAGGUGCAGUACGGCAAGCUGCUAACUGACCUCGCCUUUAACGAGAGCGGCGACGGGGUCGUGGCCACCUUCUCCGACGGCACACUUGUGCCCGCCACCAUGAUCAUCGGCGCCGACGGGCCCAAGUCGAGAGUGCGCGAGUUUGCCAUGGGCAGCGCCGAGGAGGCCGCUGUCACGCGCUUCUCAAUCUUCCACACCAACAUGACCGUGUGCUACGGGGACGCCGAGAAGGCCCUAUUUGUCCGGAAGCAGUAUCCCACCAGCUACCUAGCUCUUAGCGAGCAGUCGUUCCAUGCUUUCCAGUCAAUUUCUAGCAUGCCCGACGGGCCUGACCAUCCAGAGACGUGGAAAUUUCACAUGGCUAUGGCGUGGCUCGGCGAGGUGGACAACUCACUUGACUACAAAGCGCGGCUCGCGUUGAUCAAGGAAAGGGCGGCUGGUCUGGGCGAGCCAGCUCACUCGGCCUUCAUGUGGCUCCCCGACGACACCGAGGUGCACAAGGCCGACAUCAGUUACUGGAUCUCGCAGCCAUGGGACAACCGCCGGGGCCGCAUGACGCUGGUGGGUGACGCAGCGCACCCGAUGCCUCCUUACCGUGGCCAGGGGCUGAAUCACUGCAUCAACGACGUGUGGCAUCUAUCAAAGGGGCUGACCGAGAUGCUUUCCGGGGCUUCCGGUGAGCCAGCAGCGGCGACUGCUGAUGCGCAGAAGCUCACCCUUGCCGAGGUGGUGACUCGCUACGAGGCCGAGAUGGUCCCGCGCGGCGCCGAAGAGGUCCGCUGCUCGGUCGAGAACGGAUACAUGCUGCACGACUGGAAGAAGAUCCAGCAGAGCCCCGUGUUCAACCGGGGGUUCAAGCCCAUGGACGGCCACGGCGGCGCCGCAGCCGCCGCAGGUCCGGUCAAGCCUAAUGCCGCUCCCAACGGUGUCGUGGAGGAGAACCCCUUGAGCGAGCAUGCCCAGGUUCAGCUGCGCCGAGAUGCUGAGCUUGCUGCUGCCGCCGAGACAGCCACUGCCUCGGCUUGA